AUGGAAGCAAGCCCAUCUAAAUCUUCUCUUUCAUUGCAACAAAGCACAAUAAAAACCAGCACAUGACUUCCGCUUAUUGCUAAAAAAGCCCAUUUAACGUCAAGAACUCCGAAGCCUAAAUCUUUAUCCGCUCAAAAGCAAUUAUCGUACGAAGAAUCUAAUAAAAUCGGUUUAAAAUACUAUAAACUACCUGAAAAAUAUCCUCAACCAUUUGAUACUUUUGCCUCAUACAAAAAUAGAGAGAAGCAAAAAAUUCCUCUCUUGCAUAGGGAUGCUGUUGCAGGGAUUCUCAAAGAAAUUGACCAAGAUAUCCAGCCAAUUUUAAAAAAGUUUGGAAUCUUUUAUGCUGCUUUAAGCGAAAAUCACCCAAUUAGAGGAAAAGCAGCUGUUACGACAAGAAUCCCAUUGAGAUUUUAUGGACCAAAAUCAUAUGCUCAUCAUAUUCAAUUGCGCGUCAGAAGUCCAAAUUCACCAAAUGAUUCAUCAAGAUUUUAUAAUAAAUCGACACUUUUGGCAGUAAUUUUCCAUGAAUUAGCCCAUUUAAGACAUAUGGAUCAUGGAAAAAAUUUUAUGCUGUUUUUAAGAGAUAUUUUUUGUUAUGCAAGAUCGUUAAAACUUUUCCCAAAGGGAGAAGAACAUCAAUUACCGAGCUGCCGUGAAUGAGAGAAACUUAUUUUUAACUCUUACAAUUAAAAUAGUUUAUUUUUCAAAUUAAUGGGAUAAGCUUUAACUAUUAAAAUGGAUAAUUAAUUUUAACUAAAUAUUUUAUAAAAAGGAUAAGAAAAGAGGAAAGGUGACUGAUGAAGAACUGUUAGGAAUUUCGACAAAAAAUCGUUUGUAA